AUGUUUGAAAUUUUCAAUGAGGAAUCAAAUGAGAGACCAAAUGAGCAAAAAAAUAGGCAAUCAAAUGAGCAACAAAAUACACAACCAAAUGAACAACAAAAUGAAGAGCAACCAGAUUGUCUCAAUUGCCCUUGUUGUGGUACCUCCACUCAACUUUUAAUUGAAUAUUUGAACCAUAUUUGCUCAUGCCAAGACAAUUGUAAAAGAAUGGACAUCUUUUUCGACGAACCACCACCAAAAAAAGAUUGCUUGAGGUGCCCAUGCUGUGGGAAAGAAAGUGAACCUUUAAGUGAAUAUUUACUUCAUCAUUGCUCUUGCAAAGAAAAUUGCCGAAGAAUGGAAAUAUUCUUUGAUAAAGAGCCUGUAAUACAAGAUGCACCAUCAACAAGAGCAACUCCAAAAGAGUUGAAAAGAAAAGUGAAAUGUGCAAAGUGCAGAAGACACUAUUCAAGCGAACAAAGAUUGAGAUCACAUCAAAGAGUUUGUGGGAGUAUUUCUUUACUUAACCCACGUAAUCCUUCUUUUUCAUCUCCAUUCAAACUAAUUCAUUCAGCUUUUCGCCGCCAUUUCCGUGUUUUUUCACAACAAAUGAGUGAUAUGGUUGACAUUGACAUUGUGAAACGUCAUCAAAAAGCUAAAGUUAAGGAUUUGCUACAACAUAAUCUUGAUGAUCUUGGACCAAUUAAAUUCUAUUUGAUUUUAAAAGUUUACUUUCAAAAAAUGAGCAUGAUUGAAUUGAUUGAAGCAGAAAUACCUUCAACGAUGAAACCAUUAUUACCUGGUGAUAAUAUCAAUAAUGAAAUUGAAGAAACUUUCACGGAGAUGAAAGAAAUAAUAGAUCAAUACACUGAACGAGGAAGUGGCUUUACGAUUGUUGAUAUCAGCAAAAUUGAUGUUUGGAUUGCUCAUUAUCAACCUCAUCGAGGAGGCUGUCAUCAGAAUAAAUUGCCUGCUGAACUUGUCUCAAAACAUUGUUUACUUUCAAUCAAAUGUCAAACUGAUUGCUUUAUGUAUUCAAUUUUAGCUGCUCUUCAUCAAAGAGAAAAUCAUCCCGACAAUUAUCAUCAAUAUGACCAAUUUACCAACUCACAUGACUUUUCAAAAUGGCGAGGUCAAGUUGAAUUGAACAUGGUUGAAUCCUUUGAAAAGAAAAACGCAAUAUCAAUUAGUGUUUUUACUUACAACACAACCAACAAAUUUGUGAUUCCCCUUUAUAUUACAAAGAAUCAAUUCACAUCUCAUGUCAGACUAUUUUUAUACAACGAACACUAUUAUUUAAUCACAAACUUUGCUCGCCUAUUAAAUUCAAAAAGUAAUUACCGGCGAUAUCAUUGUGAAAGAUGUUUAAACGGCUGGCAUUAUGAAUUUCAAUUGAAAAAACACAUGAUUGACUGUUCAGCAAAACCCGCACAAAAAAUUGUAAUGCCUUACCCUACACCUUAUAAACCAAGACGGAAUUUCUGCGAAAGAUCAAACCUGAAAAAAGAAAUUAAGCAUCCAAUCAUAAUUUACUGUGACUUUGAAUGUUUAAUCGUCCCAACAAAUGAUCCAUUGAAACCUUUCCACCAUGAACCAUGUAGUUAUGGAUACAUUGUUGUUGAUUGGGACAGAAAAAUCAUCGACAAAAAGUUUGACCAUGGAGAAAAUAUUGUCUCUAAAUUUCUAACUCAUCUUAAACAAUCAAUUGAAUCUGCUCUCGACUAUUUAAAAACCUCAUUAAAACCUCUUAAAAUGUCACCUAAUGAAGAAGCAACAUUUCAAAGUACAACAAACUGCUGGAUUUGUGAAAAGCCUCUUGAUGAUGACAGAGUCCGUGACCAUGAUCAUUUAACUGGGAAAUUUAGAGGCGCAGCACAUAAUGCCUGUAAUGUAAAUUAUUCAAUUCCGAAUCGAAUACCAAUAUUUUUCCAUAAUUUAAAGAAUUAUGAUGGUCAUUUAUUGAUAGAUUCAAUCAAAUGUAAUACAUUUACCGGAAAUUUAAAACUUAUCCCUUCAUCAAUGGAAAAGUAUAUUGGAUGGUAUGUCGAUAAUCUUGCUUUUCUCGACUCAUUUGCCUUUUUACCUGGAAGUCUCGAUACUCUGAGCUCCAACUUGUCAAACACUGAAAAAGAAGAAUUUUUACGACAAGAAUGGCCAGGACAUGAUUUAACAGAUUUGAUGGGAAAAGCAUCAAUACCUUAUGAAUAUUUAUCAUCCCUUGAUAAAUUUGAGGAUCAAGCAUUACCACCAAUGUCUGCAUUUUACUCAUCAUUGAACGACACAAACAUUUCACAAGAAAUGUAUGACCGAUUAAAAAGAAUUUGGAGACAAUUUAACUGUCGUAAUCUUGGACAAUUGAUUGAUAUUUACUUGAGACUUGAUGUUUUGAUGCUCGCUGCAGUAUUUGAAAACUUUCGAAAAACAAGUAUAGAUGAUUUUGGGAUCGACCCGCCACAUUAUAUGACUUGUCCUGGUCUUUCAUAUGCUGCUGCCUUAAAAAUGACAAAAAUAUCAAUUGAAUUAUUUUUGGAACUUGAUAUGUUGUUAUUCAUUGAAGGUGACAUUAGAGGAGGUUUUACAACGGUUGCUAAACGUCACGCCAUUGCUAAUAAUCCCUCAACAAAUUAUGAUGGUGGUCAACAAACAUGGUUAAUGUAUUUCGAUGUAAAUAAUCUUUAUGGUAAUGCAAUGAUGGACAUGUUACCGAUUGGACAAUAUAAAUGGGUAAAUUUUUCAAAUGAAGAUAAACUACUUGAGCAUAUAAUGAAUACACCUGAUGAUGGUGAUAUUGGAUACAUUUUGGAAAUCGAUUUAGAGUACCCUAAAGAACUCCAUGAUGCUCAUAAUGACUUUCCUUUGGCCCCUCAUAAAAUGAAAGUUACACAUGAAAUGUUAAGUCCUUACGCUAAAAAGUUAUAUGAUGAACUUGAGAAGCAAGGACUUAAACCGGUUCCUAGUGAAAAACUGGUUUCAACAUUUCUGACAAGGAGAAGAUAUUCAGUGCAUUUUCGCAAUUUAAAGUUUUACAUUGAAAAUGGAUUAAAAGUUGCCAAAGUACAUCGAGUAAUUUCAUUUAAACAAAAAGCCUGGUUGAAACCUUACAUUCAAUUCUGCACGAAAAAGCGUCAAGAAGCAAAAACAACAUUCACUUCAUCGCUUUAUAAAUUAUUUGUAAACAGUAUCUAUGGGAAACUAAUGGAGGACAAGCGAAAACAUAUUGAAGUUAAACUUGCAAUGGGAGAAAGAGUCGCUACAAAAAGAAUUGCUAAUCCUCUUGCUACACGAUUCAAAAUUAUUGAUGAAGAUAAAAUGCUGAUUCAAUUGAAACCUGAAUGUGUUUUAAUGGAUAAGGCUAUUGUUUCUGGAUUUACUGUUCUUGAGCUCUCAAAACUCCAUGUUUACAAACUUUAUUAUGGCCGUUUUAAAAAAUACUAUGGUGAUAAAGUGCAACUUGUUUAUUCCGAUACUGAUUCUUUUUUACUGGAAAUUAAAUCCAACAACAUAAUAACUGACAUGAAACAAUUUAAUGAUAUUAUGGACUUUGGUGACUUGCCCAAUGAUCAUCCACUCUAUUCAAGCGAAAAUAAAAAGAAAAUUGGUUGCCUCAAAGAUGAAAUGUCAGGAGAAGUCAUCCAUGAAGUAAUUGCCGUUAAACCUAAACUUUACUGUAUAAAAUCACAAAGCGGAGAGAAGAAGAGAGCUAAAGGCGUUCAAAAAAAUGUCGUAAAAAACAAAAUUAAUUUUGAAGAUUAUAAAAAUUGUCUGUACAAUGAAAAGAUACAUAAAUAA